AUGGAUAUCAUAAACAACAAACUUUCCAUGCUCAAAAGCAUCAACAAGCAGCAACAGCAGCAGCAGCAGUUACUCCGAGGCAACCCCUCUCGCAUAUGUACUUUUUGUAAAAAGCGCGAACCCUGGAAUGCCCAGCCAGGCCAGAAGCUGAAACGAUGCUCUCGCUGUCGAGCACGUUUGUAUUGCUCGCGGGCUUGUCAACGCAGUGAUUGGAAAAAAGGGCAUCAGAUGGCCUGUGCAGCAACAACAACAACAACAACAGCCAACAAAAGCAAAGACGAAAAUAGAACGGAAACGGAAACGGAAAGAAAUGAAAAAGAAAACAGCUAUCUAGAAAGCCUUUCCGAGGAAGAGGCAAUGAAUCAGCUCAUCGACGCUUACCGCUUGCGUGUUGAGGACGAAAGAAUAUACCGGGGGUAUCUACGCGGACGAUAUGCACCACAAAACACCGACACAGACACAAUCAUCACCACAAACACAGACGCCAGUUUACAAUCCGCCCUUCGAGACUUUCAAGACUUUCUAGACUUAGCCGAGACCUCUCCUUCACCCUCGUCCCCUUCCCCGCCCCCUCCUUCCUCUUCUUCUUCGUCGCCCUCCUCGUCAACAGCUUCUGCAUCAUCACCAUCAUCAUCGUCGGAGAGCAAAACCCAACUAGACGAAACCGAGCAAAGCCGCAAAAACGAAACGAAAAGCAGCGUGCUACCUAGUUGGUGGACUCCACAAAAGCGCGCAGACUGUGAAUGGCGUGCGUUGCAAAGCGGGUUCUGGUCGAGCCUCUGUGCGCCAGUUGAAAAGGAUGCCAUAGUUGAGCGGUAUCGAGAUAGUAUGAUGCCAAUGAAACUACGAGUGCUUGCGGAGGCUGUGUAUGGGUAUAAUGUUAUGGACCAGCCGCGAUAA